AUGGCUUUGGGCCCUUCUACUGCAACAGAUAUACCCCAAUUUGGCUUAAGAGAUGUUGCUGUGGUAACAGGGCAGCAGAAUAAGAUACUCGUUAUCAAAGCGACUCCGCCACCCCCAGAGAAGCUGGUUGUCAGGGCAACGCCUCCACAGGAUAGCCUGCCUGCGCCCCAGGAGGAGGAUCCCUUUGUUCUGCCUGCCUCAACAGCUCCUGCUCUGUUGCAGACGAAUGUACGGCCUAAACGUGCUAGAGGGGCUACUUUGAACUACAAGGCGAUGCAUGAGGGCAAGCAGAAUCAGCCAAAAAGGGCCAAAUAG